UAUCUCUCGUCCAGUGCAGCCUUUAUAAACUUAAUGUUCCUCCGCUGAUUAAAGAUUUUUCUCCUCCUCCGAGCAACAAACACUUUACAGCUGUUUACCCCUUGUUUACUUGUCAGAGCCCUGACGAUGCUGCUCGUAGUCGUGGCAACGGUGUGUCUGAGUGCGGUUCUGUCCGCCCCCAGUUUGGACCCUCAGCUGGACCAGCACUGGGACCAGUGGAAGAACUGGCACGAGAGGAAGUACCACGAGAGAGAGGAGGGCUGGAGGAGGAUGGUGUGGGAGAAGAACCUGAGGAAGAUCCAGCUGCACAACCUGGAGCACUCCAUGGGCAAACACACCUACCGCCUGGGGAUGAACCACUUUGGAGACAUGACUCACGAGGAGUUCAGGCAGGUCAUGAACGGCUACAAACACAGAGCGGACCGCAGGUUCCAGGGGUCCCUGUUCAUGGAGCCCAACUUCCUGGAGGCCCCCCGAUCCGUGGACUGGAGGGAGAAGGGCUACGUCACCCCCGUGAAGGACCAGGGUCAGUGCGGGUCCUGCUGGGCCUUCAGCACCACCGGAGCCCUGGAGGGCCAGGAGUUCAGGAAGACCGGUAAGCUGGUGUCGCUGAGUGAGCAGAACCUGGUGGACUGCUCCAGACCCGAGGGCAACGAGGGCUGCAACGGAGGCCUGAUGGACCAGGCCUUCCAGUACGUCAAGGACAACCAGGGUCUGGACUCUGAGGACUCCUACCCCUACCUGGGAACCGACGACCAGCCGUGCCACUACGACCCAAAGUUUAACUCCGCCAACGACACCGGGUUUGUGGACGUCCCCAGCGGCAACGAGCGCGCGCUGAUGAAGGCCGUGGCUGCGGUGGGACCGGUUUCCGUCGCCAUCGACGCCGGGCACCAGUCCUUCCAGUUCUAUCAGUCCGGGAUCUACUACGAGUCUGAGUGCAGCAGCGAGGAACUGGACCACGGCGUGCUGGUGGUGGGCUACGGCUUCCAGGGAGAAGACGUGGACGGCAAGAAAUACUGGAUCGUCAAGAACAG